AUGUCCUCUUCCUCUUCCCUGCCCACCUCACCACCCCUUAAUCAAGAUGAUUACCAACUUGUUCGGAAACUUGGUCGUGGGAAGUAUAGUGAAGUAUUUGAGGCCAUCAACAUCACCAACAAUGAAAGAGUGGUUGUAAAAAUUCUCAAGCCAGUGAAGAAAAAGAAGAUAAAACGUGAGGUUAAGAUUUUGGAGAACCUUCGUGGUGGAACAAAUAUCAUUAAGCUGAUUGAUACUGUAAAGGAUCCUGUGUCAAAGACACCAGCUUUGGUAUUUGAAUAUAUCAAUAAUACAGAUUUUAAGCAACUCUACCAGAUCCUGACAGACUUUGAUAUCCGGUUUUAUAUGUAUGAACUACUAAAAGCUCUGGAUUACUGCCACAGCAAGGGAAUCAUGCACAGGGAUGUGAAACCUCACAAUGUCAUGAUAGAUCACCAACAAAAAAAGCUGCGACUGAUAGACUGGGGCCUGGCGGAGUUCUAUCACCCUGCUCAGGAGUACAAUGUUCGUGUAGCUUCGAGGUACUUCAAGGGACCAGAGCUUCUUGUGGACUAUCAGAUGUAUGACUAUAGCUUGGACAUGUGGAGUUUGGGCUGUAUGUUAGCAAGCAUGAUCUUUCGAAAGGAACCCUUCUUCCAUGGACAGGACAACUAUGACCAGCUUGUUCGCAUUGCCAAGGUUCUGGGUACAGACGAGCUGUAUGGGUAUCUGAAGAAGUAUCAUAUAGACCUAGAUCCACAUUUCAACGAUAUCCUGGGACAACAUUCACGGAAACGCUGGGAAAACUUCAUCCACAGUGAGAACAGACAUCUUGUUAGCCCUGAGGCCCUAGACCUUCUGGACAAACUUCUGCGAUAUGACCAUCAACAGAGACUGACUGCCAAAGAAGCCAUGGAGCACCCAUACUUCUACCCCGUGGUGAAAGAGCAGUCCCAGCCUUGUGCAGAGAACGCUGUGCUUUCCAGUGGUCUCACGGCAGCCCGGUGAAGACUGGAGAGCGACGGGUCUGUUGCGGUACCUCCCACUUUUCCAUAAGCAGAACAAGAACCAAAUCAAACGUCUUAACGUGUGUAGCGAGAUCACGUUCCGUGAGCAGACACAAAACGGUGGCAGGUUUGGCGAGCACGAACUGAAGGGCAGCCUACCACCGUAUAUCAAACCUCACUUCCGAAUGUAAAAGGUUCACAUGCCUUGACUUCCUGUUGACUUCCUCCCGACCCAGAAAGCAUGGGAAAUGUGAAGGGUAUGCAAAAUGGUUGUUGGUUACUGUUGCUCUCCACGCCCCUUGACGUGUCCUGUGGCCACCUGUUUUUCCAGCAAACCAAGUUAAUUAGCUGACCACAGACACCACAGUGGGGGAAUGGGGGCAAUAUAUGGCAUGACGGGCAGUUACAUAUUAUUUUAAAAGUAUAUAUUAUUGAAUAAAAGGUUUUAAAAGAAA